CAUAUACUACCCAUAACUAUUUAGUUUUACUUAUCUAACCCCAAAGAUUCUCUCUCCAACAAGUCUAUCGAUCUCAUAUUCCGUUAAGUUCUCAAAUCGUGCCGCAAUCACAUCUCCACCACUGCGUCCUGCCGGCGCCACUCAAUCACAUCAGCGCCUUCACCGUGAACUACCACACAACACCACCGCUCACGACCGACGCCGGAGUUCAAGCUUCUUCCGCCUCUUUGUUGUUCAUCCUCGCAUGGACACAACACUUCACACCAAAAAUAAUUUGAAAAAAUGAAUAAAUUGAAGGUUUAACAACAUUGCUCUAGUGAAAUGAUAAAAAUAAGCUGGAACUUUUAGUGUGAAAGGAGGAUGUUAGGCAGUAGAGCAAGGUUGUUGCGCUUCGUUGUGCAAUUCAAGCUUUUUCCAACAACAUCAUUAUGCAACAAAUCUGCUCAGAGAAGUUCCUUUUGUACAUCGGCAAAGAACAGUAACAACAACAGCAAGGAGAUCAUUACUGAUGAAAGGUAUCGGCAGCUCGAAAAUCUCGACAUGAUGACUGCCAUUAAGAUCCUUUUCACUGAUCCCCCAAAGAAGAGAAAGUUUGGGUUCGACUUCCAUCUUGUGCAAUUUUUUUUUGCCUGCAUGCCUUCCUUGGCUGUCUAUUUGGUGGCGCAGUAUGCUCGUUAUGAAAUAAGGACAAUGGAAGCGGAAGUGGAGCAGAAAAGGAAGAAGAAGGAAGAAGAAGAAGCAAAGGAAAGAGAAAAAGAAUUGGAACUACAUCCUCCUGAGGAAAAGGAAGCAAAUUCGCUGCUGUCAGAGGUGAAUGUAAGACUUGACAAACUUGAAGAGACUGUAAAGGAGAUUGCUGUUGUAACAAAGAAGCAAUCACACAGUAACAUAAACACAAAUCAGGUAACUGGUGAUGAGAAAAAAAAACCAAAUAGUUUUGCACCAAUGAACACUAGUGGAGGCAAGGAUGAUUCAAAGUCAGAAUUAGGUGAAGAAAGUAAGGGUUCAGUGGGAACUCCAAGUUCUUCUCUUCAGAAUCCAACAGGCCAGAAUCAAAGCGGAAAAGCUUCUUAAGGUGGUUAUUUCUUAAGAACAUUUUUGAAGGAAAAAAAGUAUAUAAUUUAUCAAAAGCUGUACUGCAGGGUUCUUAUUGAUAUAUUUUUUUCUAAGAAGUGAAAAGUUUAAAAUUA